ACACGUUUCACAUUCACAACACAUUUCACUUUUCUCAUUCACACUAGUAAAUUCACCACCAUGGUUUCCGAUAAUCACCAACGAACAUUCCACUCAAAGCAUGUCUGCGUGAUCGGGGCCGGCCCGUCGGGGUUGGUGGCGGCGAGGGAGCUAAGAAAAGAAGGCCACGCCGUGGUGGUUUUGGAGCAAAACGACGACGUUGGUGGGCAAUGGCUAUACGAUCCUAACGUGGAGAGUGAGGAGCCAUUAGGGAGGAGCAAAUUUCUGAAAGUUCACAGCAGUAUUUACGAGUCCUUGCGGCUGACGUCGCCGAGGGAGAUCAUGGGGUACACAGAUUUUCCGUUUGUGGUGAAGAAAGGAAGAGAUACGAGGAGAUUUCCGGGGCACAGGGAGCUGUGGCUGUAUUUGAAGGAUUUUUGUGAGUGGUUCGGGUUGAGGGAGAUGAUUAGGUUUAACAGCAGAGUUGAGUAUGUGGGGAUGCUGGAUUAUGGAGAGUUUGGAAAAGAGGUGAAAUGGGUUGUGAAGAGCAAAGAGAAGAAGGCUGAUCAGAAAGUUGUGGAGGAAGUUUUUGACGCUGUGGUUGUUGCCACUGGCCAUUACUCUCACCCCAGGUUGCCUUCCAUUAAAGGAAUGGAUACAUGGAAAGGGAAGCAACUUCAUAGUCACAUUUAUAGAGUUCCAGAGCCAUUUCGUAAUGAGAUUGUGGUGAUUGUUGGGAAUUCAUUAAGUGGGCAAGAUAUAUCGAUUGAGCUUGUGGAAGUGGCAAAAGAAGUUCAUCUUAGUGCAAAAUCCCUUAAUAUUUCCGAGGGUUUAUCUAAAGUUUUAUCCAAAUAUAAGAACUUGUAUCUUCAUCCCCAGAUAGACGUGCUAGGAGAAGAUGGACAUGUGACAUUCGUUGAUGGCUCGUGGAUCAUUGCAGACACCAUCUUAUAUUGUACAGGGUAUUCAUAUGCUUUCCCAUAUCUUGACACCAAAGGAAUAGUAGCUGUGGAUGAUGACCGAGUGGGUCCUUUGUAUGAGCAUACCUUCCCUCCUUCUCUUGCUCCCUCUCUCUCUUUUGUUGGCAUUCCUCGAAAGUUGAUAGGGUUCCCUUUCUUUGAAUCACAAGCAAAAUGGAUAGCUCAACUACUGUCUGGAAAAAGAGCCCUCCCAUCAUUCAAUGACAUGAUGCUCUCCAUAAAGGAAUUUUACCACUCAAGGGAUGUUGCUGGCAUUCCCAAGCAUUACUCUCACGACAUUGCUAAUUUUGAGUACUGUGAUAAAUAUGCAGACACUGUUGGAUUCCCUCGCUUGGAAGAAUGGAGAAAAGGGCUUUGCAUAUCAGCUUUGGUGAAUGCAGAUGCUAAUCUGGAGACAUAUCGAGAUUGUUGGGACGAUCAUGAGCUUCUUCAGGAAGCUCUUCAGAGUCCUCAUUUCACUCAACUUAAUGCUCACUGAAAGUUCGUAUAAAUGGGCACUAAUAGAGAGAGAGAGAGAGAGGUUGAAACGAAACCUCUCCCUAUAUAAAUAUUGUUUAUUUUCUCAUUGAUUUAAGAAAGAAGAAGAAUUUUAUUAUUCUAUUUUUACCUUUUGGAAAUGCUAGAAUCAAAGAGACUGAAACAAUUGUAAUCAUCUUGGGUACAAGUGGAUUGCAGAAGAAUUUUGAGUGUUGAUGACUUCUUUU